CCCUCAGGAGCUGCUCCGGUGAAGCCUCCAUGCCGCCCCCGUCCCCUGCCCUCGGACCAGCGCCGGUCCUGGCUGCGGGCCCGGUGCUGGCGGGAGCUCCGGGAGCGCACAUGGUUAACGAAGCUACCGAGGGAGGGCUGCGCACCCCGCUCCCCUCCUCCCGUCCCAUCCUGUCCCAUCCUGUCCCGUCCCGCUCCUCUCCGCCGCCUCCGCUCUCCAGAAAGUGCAUUUCCGCCCUGGCCGAAGGAGGAAACGGGGCCGCGGGAGCGGGAGGCAGCCGAGCCGACGGGGCAGUGCGGGGGGAUGCUCUAGGGCAGGGACGGCAGCGCCGGGACGAGCAGCCCUGCCCCGGAGGGGCUGACACCCCACAUUGCUGCUCUUGGGCAUUCAUGGGAGGCAUCUGAAGCUGGGCUGGGUAGGAACAGCAGCACUUGCACAGUCAGAGGCUGCUGCUCUGCUCCAACCUUGGCUUCCCAGGUAAUUCCCUCUUCCGUGCAUGCCAGGGGCUGCAUGGCCUCAUGUCUCAGCAUGUUUGAGAGCCCAGAACCCCUGCACAGCCCAAACAUAGGUCUCCCAGGUGCUCACUUGAGCAUCACGGAGGUACAUAGCCCAGCUAACGCAGCUAUUUAGGUACAGAUGGCCCCUGCAGCUGCAAGGGAUGCAAUUACCAUGCUGCAGGCUCUGCUGGGGAGGAGGCUGCUGGAGAGCAGUGUUUUGGGGCUGGAAGGGCAGCUGUGCCCUGCCUGGAGCUGCACCAUGCUCCAGGUCCUGUGCUGGGACAGCCAGGGACAGACAUCCCUGCAGCAUCCUUCACUGUCCCCUGAGCCGGCCUUGGCACCUCACAGGGCACUGCCAUGGAGGUGCUCUGGGUGCCUGGUGUCCUGCUGCUUUCCUGCCUGCUGCUGCUUCCCUCCCCUGUGGGCAGUCAGACCAGACCCAGCCCUGACCAGCGUUUGGAGAUGGACCCCACAGAGGCACCGUCACAGCACCAUGCUGCCAGGGCCAUGCAGGAGCAGCAGGUCAGCAGUGCCCAGGAGAUGCCCCUGCAGCGCCGCUGUGUUCACUGCUGUGAGCAGCCCGACCAGCGCUUCUACCACCCCCAGUACCAGCCCCUGCCUCAGAUCAACAUGACCAUCCUGAAAGGUGAGAAGGGCGACCGUGGCGAGCGAGGCAUGCAGGGCAAGUUCGGCAAGACAGGGGUAGCCGGCAGCAGGGGCCACGCAGGGCCCAAGGGACAGAAGGGCAGCAUGGGUGCCCCAGGGGAGCACUGCAAGAGCCACUAUGCUGCCUUCUCGGUGGGCCGCAAGAAACCCCUGCACAGCAAUGACUACUACCAGACCCUCAUCUUCGACACGGAGUUCGUCAACCUCUAUGGCCACUUCAGCAUGUUCACCGGCAAGUUUUACUGCUACGUCCCCGGGAUCUACUACUUCAGCCUCAACGUGCACACCUGGAAUCAGAAGGAGACGUACCUGCACAUCAUGCGCAAUGGGGUGGAGGUGGUGAUCCUCUAUGCCCAGGUGAGCGACCGCAGCAUCAUGCAGAGCCAAAGCAUCAUGCUGGAUCUGCAGGAGCAGGAUGAGGUCUGGGUGCGACUCUACAAGGGUGAGCGUGAGAAUGCAGUCUUCAGUGAUGAGUACGACACCUACAUCACCUUCAGCGGCCACCUCAUCAAGUACAGUGGAGACCCCUGAGCGCCUGGUGUCCCCUGCUCCUCAUGCGCUGGGGCAGGUGUCCGAGGAGCCCCUGCCAUCCCUCACCCUGGGCACGCCACCACUGUUAGCUGUUUGCCCAUACACGUGCCACUACCCCCAGGAGCUGCACAGUGUGUGAACAUCCACAGCUCCUUGAGGCCCAUCAAAUGAACCUCGAGGAGUCGGAGCCAUUUCCAGCCUCUGCUGCACUUGAGACCCAGAAAGCAGCUGCACACUGGGUGCUGGCAGGGAGCUCAUCCCCUUGUGCCUGUUCCAGAGCUGGGUUUGCUGGGCCACAGCCUGGGCUGACACCAGCAGAACGGGUUUGACUGCUGGUGCCCUGGAGCAAAGCAGUGCAGAUAUGUGCACCAUGUUCCUCCCUUGUUCCCUUGUACUGUGCCACGCUCUGCUGGCAUCUAAUCCUGGCAUAAGGCAGAGGGUGCUCAGCACACAGCAGGGAAGGCAGUAAAACCACUAAGGGCCCCUCUUCCUUCUCACAGAGCUGGGUCCCAGCCACAUGGACGUUGGGCACCCUCUGAGCUAACACUUCCCCAGUGCAGAUUGCAGCAGUGCCCCUCCACAAGCCCCAUCACAGCUCCUCCCACCACAGCCUCUGCUUGGUACCAACACUGCUGGGUGCUGGGUGCUGGCUCCCCAGGCAGCCUGGGUGCGAGGCCUUUGGCCUGAGCCACUUCUUUUUCAGUUAUAUUAUCUGCUGCCCAGGCUUUGUAUUUCUGCAGGUGCAAGAGCAGAGUGGGGCCCAGGGCAACAUCCUGCCCCCCUCCCUCUGUACAGCUUUAAACAUUAAACAUCCCAUGAUUUCCAGUUCUACUCACA